AUGAGGCUUCUCUCUUCUUCUGCCUCUGCUAGCAGCUGCAACCUAUUUUGUUCCUCCCACAAGGCCAAUGCAAGAGAAAGCGAAGGGAAGUUUCAAGUUCCCGUAAAGGACAAAGAUUUUGAGUUUCAAAUCAAGAAGUUUGCUCCACCGCUCACGGCUGUUCUUCUUGCGGUUUCACCCAUCUGUAACCCUCCAGAAUCUCUUGGCCAAACCUUGGAUAUACAAAGAGGAGCAACACUGUUUAAUAGAGCUUGUAUUGGGUGUCAUGAUACAGGCGGAAACAUUAUUCAACCAGGCGCAACGCUUUUCCCAAAUGACCUCCAAAGAAAUGGAGUUGAUACUGAGGAAGAGAUAUUUAGUGUUACCUACUACGGAAAGGGAAGAAUGCCGGGAUUUGGGGAGAAAUGCACUCCGAGAGGACAGUGUACCUUUGGUCCUCGGUUGCAGGACGAAGAAAUCAAGCUUCUGUCUGAGUUUGUAAAGCUCCAGGCUGAACAAGGUUGGCCAAACGUAUCUACCGAGUAGCAACAAGAUUAGUACAGUUUAAUCUAGUAAGAACAUGCAGCAUUACAUUGUAUGUACCUUUAAUGUCUAAGAUUCAAUGUAUGUUAAAUAAUAUAACAAUAUUCGUGAGAAUUGGGAGAGCUUCACUGCAAACAAAUGCGUAUGCUCCAAGAUGUUCCUUGAGGUACCACAAAACCAAUACAUAUAUGUUCAUAACUUUUUGCCCACUCUUGGCAUUACAAAAAUUAUAUUCCG